AUCUAUCUCGCUGAAAGUGAAAAAGGACAAGACGUGGCGGAUUCGGUGACCCCUUGGCUGUGAUACGAAGAAGCAGAUAGCUAGAUAAGACAAAACAAAGAAGAGAAAUAAAGAGAGAGAGAGCGAGCGAGAGAGAUGCGUGAAUAUAAGAUAGUGGUACUGGGCAGCGGAGGUGUUGGUAAAUCUGCCCUCACUGUCCAAUUCGUACAAGGAAUUUUCGUCGAAAAAUACGAUCCAACCAUAGAAGACAGUUACCGUAAGCAAGUUGAGGUUGAUGGGCAGCAAUGCAUGCUGGAAAUUCUAGACACAGCCGGAACGGAACAAUUCACAGCCAUGAGGGACCUUUAUAUGAAAAAUGGCCAAGGCUUUGUAUUGGUGUAUUCGAUAACGGCACAGUCAACGUUUAACGACCUCCAAGACUUGAGGGAACAAAUCCUGCGGGUAAAAGACACAGAUGAUGUGCCAAUGGUGUUGGUAGGAAACAAAUGUGAUUUGGAAGAUGAGAGGGUAGUGGGCAAAGACCAGGGCGUCAACCUUGCUCGGCAAUUCAAUUGCGCCUUCAUGGAGACUUCUGCCAAAGCCAAAAUUAAUGUUGUUGAUAUCUUCUACGACCUGGUGCGACAAAUCAACAAAAAAUCGCCGGAGAAAAAAAUAAAGCAGAAAAAGAAAUCGGUGUGCCUACUGUUGUAAAGUAGUAAUGGCCUAGGCCAUAUUCUCUCGCGAAAUAAUCCGAAGGAGAUACCAGUGGUUGGUGAGGGUAAAUGCAAAAAAAAAAUGAAAAAAGAAUCAAGAGGAUAAUUAGUGAAAGAAAAUAAAAUAAAAUAAAACCGCAAAGCAGAGUAAAAAAGGGGUCUGAUAACGAAUUAAAAGAUGAAUAACAAUUGAUGAGGGGGGGUUGGGAGGGGCGGGAGGGGAGGGGGUAAAAAAAGCGUAUGAUGGCUGUAAAGCAAGAAUAGACGACUAUAAGAGAAUAAUGAAACGAGAGGGUUGAAUAUUAUUGUAUAUACGUUAGUCCCGGGGUGGUUUAAUCUGGCAGGCGCAAACAACUGCGCACAAAAAAGUUAAAACCGACCCCCGAGACACUCGAUUAUCACUGUAGGAGUUUUGCAUUAAAGAAGAAAAAAAAAAGAUGAUUAAUUAAUAUUAUAUAUAUUUAGGAGAAAAAAAAGAGGAGAAAUAAAAUGUUUGGAUGUGCGCGUGCGUUGGCUCACCAGCCCCCAAUGAAAAAAAAAUUGUUCGCCGCGCACUUCUCUUAUAUAUAAUAUAAUAAUUAUACAUAGACGAUACAUACAUUGAUGAUGAUGAUUAUUAUUAUUAAUUAAUUAAUUAAUCAUUAUUAUUAUUAUUAUCGAUGCAUCAAAAUAAUUCAUAAGUUUUCAACCGUUUGUUUUUCUCAAAAUAAAAUAUGUUUUUUUUCUAUAUCUCUUCAAAAUAUUAAAAAGCAAAAUAAUAAAAAUUGAGUAAAUGUUA